AUGGAUAAGAAAGGGUGUAAAUUGUUCUUUUCUUUAAGGAACUCGAUUUCCGAUAAAUUGGACAAAUCAGGAAAUUAUCAAUUUAUUAAUCCAAACAAUUUCAAUGAGUAUUGUACUAAUGACAAAUGUAGUGAUAAUCUCGGAAAAGUUAAUGCUGGAUGUUUAUUUUUGCUUGAUGCAUUCUUUAUUGAUUCUACUGUGUUUAAUUCUGUUGCCAAAAGUAACAUCAAUAUUAUUGAUUACAUUAUCAUAUGGUUAAGUUAUAUGUUAAACCUAAAGAAAAGUGAAGGAAAUAUAAGCAAUCUAAAAUAUUUUUAUAAUACAUAUAUAAAUAAUGAUCAGUAUAAAAAGUCUAUAAAUGGUGUUACAGAGUACAAAGAUUAUAAGGAUCUUAUAGAUAAAGCAAAUAUGGUGAAUCUGGAUAUGAGAAUUAUAUCUAAAUUUUAUCACGCAUUUAAUGAAUUAUGUAUGAUGUAUAUUGAAUUUGAUGAACAAAGUCCAAAUUGCAAUAAAUGUUCGAAAUAUGCUGAUGAAUUUGUUAAAAAAUAUAAAAUACUUAAUAACGAUUCUGAUAUUACUAAAGAUGGUCCAUAUUAUAAAUUAUUGACUAGACUAUCAAAUGAUUAUGAAAAUUUUAAAAAUAAAUGUAACGAUUUUCCAUCCCUUUCAACGAUAGAAACAGCAGAAAAAUAUACACAUAGUUCUGAAGAUGCAUCAUCAAAUUCGUCAAUAGUAAACAAAUUAUUUAUAGUUUUAUCAAUAUUUGGUGCAAUCGCAUUUUUUUUGGGAAUUUCUUAUAAGUAUUCAUUAUUUGGAUUUCGGAAACGAGUUCAAAAACAAUAUAUAAGAGAAAAAAUAAAAAAUAUAAAGAAGAAAAUGGUUCGUUAA